AUGACUGGCGUUGUAAUUGGUUGGAAAAGAAAAGAGCCAGCCUUCUUGCUACUCUAUAUUGUUGUCGUAUUUAUUUAUUUCAUCCACCGAACUCUUCAGCUCGCUCAUGAGCACAGGUCAAAACUGUAUGGCUUACACCCUGGCUGGCUCUUCCCUCAUAGUCUUAAUGAUGUCUCUGAUGCCCAAUGGAGAAACUUUCGUGGGAAUCUACCUAUUCUUACUUCUGUAUUUGCAAUUUUCGCUGUCGUAGCCAAUGCAUUGAAGGCCUUCUUGUCUUUGGGAGCUAAGAGCAUGUCCAUUUCCUGGAUUUUGAUUUCUUUGGCCUAUUUGGCAUAUCUUCAUGGGGCUUGCACCAUCUACAUCUUGUUAAUAGCUUCUGCUAAUUAUAUUCUAGUAAUGAUAUUUGCACGAACAAAGUACUUCUCAUUUGCUAUUUGGGGUUUCAAUAUUUUUGUUCUUGUUUGCAAUCGGAUUUAUGAGGGAUAUUCAUUCUCCAUAUUUGGGGAGCAGUGGGCAUACUUAGAUAACUUUCGAGGCACCUUUAGGUGGCACAUUUGCUUUAACUUUGUUAUUUUGCGCAUGGUAAGCUUUGGAUAUGAUUAUCAUUGGGCUAAUCAACAACGUCAUUUUGAUCAAAGGAAGCACAUCCAGCGUUGCCAUACUUGUAAAUCUGGGGGAAUCUGCUACCAAUUGCUACAGGAGAGAAGUGUGCCAAUUGAUAACUUUUCAUUCAGUGUGUACUUAUCAUAUCUGGUCUAUGCGCCACUUUACCUUGCUGGCCCAAUCAUAAGCUUCAAUGCCUUUGCUUCACAGCUAGAUAUGCCAACACGAAUUUUCGCAACCAGAGAUGUACUCUGGUAUGGUUUACGGUGGAUAUUCAGCUUCAUGAUCAUAGAGAUCAUGAAUCAUUUAUUUCAUUACAAUGCAUUCGCAGUCAGUGGCCUGUGGAGGUCGUUGUCACCUAUGGACAUGUUCAUCAUCACAUAUGGGGUCUUGAACUUUAUGUGGCUGAAGUUUUUCCUCAUAUGGCGCUAUUUUCGGCUUUGGUCACUGAUUAGUGGCAUAGAGGCUCCUGAGAAUAUGCCUAGGUGCAUAAAUAAUUGCUACAACUUGGAGAGCUUUUGGAAAAAUUGGCAUGCUUCCUACAAUAGAUGGCUUGUAAGGUACAUAUAUAUUCCCCUUGGUGGGUCUCGGACGAAGUUUCUAAACAUCUGGGUGAUAUUCACAUUCGUUGCUAUUUGGCAUGAUCUAGAAUGGAAACUUCUCUCAUGGGCAUGGCUAACAUGUUUAUUCUUCAUCCCAGAAAUGGUAGCCAAAUCAGCAAUCUCUACACUACAGGUAGAAACUGCUUCUGGGGAGCUCCUUUCGCGAGAACUCAAGGCUGUGGCUGGUGCAAUCACUAUUACAUGUCUCAUGGUAGCAAAUUUUGCUGGCUAUGUUGUUGGACCAUCUGGUGUCAACUGGAUAAUUUCCCGGUUCUCAAGUAGAGAAGGACUACCGGUGCUUUGUUGGAUGAUGGUGACUUUCUACCUGGCGGUUAAGCUGAUUCUCCACAUAGAGGACGCUAAGCGGAAGCAGCAAUAG